ACGGUUUGGUGCAGCUAAAAGUGUACACUGUGGAUAUACUCAUACCUAGUUCUAGAGUCUUUCAAGACCUAUAUGCACUUUAUAGAGAUCUGCGCGCUUGUUCAACCGCAUUUUUAGUAACGCUCGUGAACCGCAGGACAUCCUCGUAGACGUGGUCGGUCAGCAAUCAGUUGGCGUGUACUGUAAAGGAGAACGACUUCUAAAUCGCAAUCAUAUGACCACGGCGUACUACUAGUUUAGCUAGCAAUAGUUCUUGUCUUAAAUUUAAUCCUACUACGGCAAAAGUGAAAGACAGUCCGGCUCCAAUUUGGACGGUCCAAGAUGUCUGUAGCGGGCUUCAAGAAGCAGUUUUAUAAAGCCAGCCAGAUGGUCAGUGAGAAGGUUGGCGGUGCAGAGGGAACGAAACUGGAUGAAGACUUCAAAGAUUUGGAAAGGAAAGUAGAUGUGACCAGCAAAGCUGUGGUGGAGGUAAUCUCCAAAACAUCUGAGUACCUACAGCCCAACCCAGCGUCGCGGGCGAAGCUGUCUAUGUUGAACACCAUGUCUAAGAUCAGAGGCCAGGUGAAGAACCCAGGCUAUCCCCAGGCUGAGGGCCUGCUAGGAGAGUGUAUGGUCAAGUACGGCCGAGACCUAGGGGAGGAAACCAACUUUGGUGGGGCUCUAGUAGAUGCAGGGGAGACCAUGAAGAGGCUGGCGGAGGUGAAGGACUCUCUAGACAUAGACGUUAAACAGAACUUCAUUGAUCCAUUACAAAACCUGUGUGACAAGGACCUCAGAGAGAUACAGCACCAUCUGAAGAAGCUGGAGGGAAGGCGUCUGGACUAUGACUAUAAGAAGAAGCGCCAAGGGAAGAUCCCAGACGAGGAGCUGAGACAGGCCCUGGAGAAGUUCCACGAGUCUAAAGAGGUGGCCGAGACCAGCAUGUACAACAUACUGGAGACUGACAUAGAGCAGGUGAGCCAGCUGUCGUCUCUAGUGGAGUCCCAGCUGCAGUACCACAGACAGGCCACACAGAUCCUGGACGAGCUCUCAGACAAACUCAGGGACAGGAUGAACGAGGCCCAGAACCGUCCACGUCGCGAGUACACGCCUAAGCCCAAACCCAUCUUUGACUUUGACAGCGACAACCAAUCAACCAAUGGUGGCUAUACAACUGCAGUUGGCCCACCACCCUUCCGCAACUCUGAGUCACCCUUCCUCCACGCCAGAUUGUCAUUCCGGAAAACCAGACUUUCAGAACAGCCGUGCUGUAAGGCCCUGUAUGACUUUGACCCGGAGAACGAGGGAGAGCUGGGCUUCAAGGAGGGCGACAUCAUCACCCUGACCAAUCAGAUCGACGAGAACUGGUACGAAGGCAUGCUGCACGGCCAAUCAGGAUUUUUCCCUCUCAACUACGUGGAGAUCGUUGUCCCGCUGACACACUAAAGAGUGCUGUAGAGAGUACAUAAGAGAGGGAGCGAAAGAGGGAGAUGUAGAGAUCAAGGGAACGAGAGAGGGAAUGGAAGUGAGAGAGGGAAUGAGGAGCCAGUUGAAUCUGUGGGACAGAUCCUAGAGGCUUCGUCCUCAUCUUCACCAUCAUCGCCAUCAUCACAGACGUACCUGUACUCUUUGGCACUUUGUCAUCUUCACAUUUGAAGGAGGAAAAUUGGAAGAUGGUGGCUUCUCACAUUCCAGUUCUGAGAAAAAGAGAUUUGAAUAUGAUCCCCCUGCCCUACAAGCAAAAACGGAAGACUGACAUUCGGACACAGACAUGAAGAACCGGACUCAACCAGUCAACCCCAGAUAUCUCUAUAGAAAAGAGAAGUUUCACAUGAAAUGUAUCAAAAUUGAAAUGGUCACAAUUUAUUAUUUAAUGUAAAGUUACGUACCUGUAAGCAGCAGAAAACAUUUACAUCUGCAGUUUAGCUGGUUCUGACUGUAAAGCUGUACCACUUGUAAAGCCUUGUAUUUUUUUCAUUUUCGUAGUUUCAUAACAAAACAGAAAAUAUAUUUCACACAUCCCACGUUUCUGUAAGUCCCACAUUUUAGUAUGGACUCUGCUGAAUACUCGCCUUAUUUACAAGGCAAGUAUGUCAGACUGCAACUGCACAGCCUUUCAAAUAGUGGAUUUUGACUGGACUACGUCUCUGGAAGCCCCCUGCUGGCCAGGCUAACACAACCAUCCUCCUCAGUAAACAACUACAGUAAUGCCUUGUAGUAAGGAUCCAUUUACAGUCAGUAGAUUUACAAUACUAUGUACAUCCUGGAUGCCUGAGCCACAUGAGAGCAUGAAGGGCCUCAGACAUUGUUUUGUUUUGCUACGGUCUGCAUUUUAUUUGUUUUGGUUUCAGCCUCGUUUAUUGUUUUUUAAUGUACAGCUAAACUGUUCGAUUGCACCUUGGACCUCCAAUGAGAUUGUUGAUGUAUGUGUGAGGGACUGUGUAAGUAAUGUGUAGUUGUAGGCCUCUACUGAAAAGGUGUUCAAGCCCAGACAGUCAGAGACUGAAGCGUGGAGAAAACUAGACCCAAAAUCAAACACUAACAUGUAUAAGAAAACAUUUUCCCCAGGGGCUACUGGACAUUUUGUGACGUUAGCAACAUUCGAGGCCUGUGUGUUUUUCUGUCUGUCCAUCUGUUCAAUAGAGGAAACACAGCCAAAAAUGCAAAAUAAAAUAAGAGUACAUGGUGUGUAAACCAUGAUGUGAUAUGGUGAGGUGGGGGUUUUAGGUGUGUCAUUAUAGUCAUAGUGCCUGUCUGUUCAGCUUGCCCCAGUACCUCCAUAGACAACAACGCUGCUGGCGGUGUCUCCGUCUGUCUCCCACAUAGUGCACAUAAACGUUGGGACUCUUUUCAGAUGCGUGUGUGUAUGAGACUGUGAACUUCUUUAGGAUCAGUAAAUCCCAUUCAUUCACGUCUGUAUUGAGUAUUAUUUAAUUAUUCGUUGGUUAUCAUACUCCUCCCCGGGUCUCGUAGUAGGAGGGGUUGGGUGUGUGCUGCUGGACAGGACUGCGUAGGGCGUCAAAUAUAGUAAAUACUGAAUGAGGAAAAGACCGGGAAACUGAAUAAUAAUAUAUAGUUCUUAUUUUAUUUGUGAUGAUGGUUCUGUUAGUAUGCAUCUUGGUAGCAGGGGCUUUUCCUAUCAGAGCUUAGAGACCCUCCACGAUUGAUAGUUGUGGAGACGAUAUGAUUGAGUCACAUGCUGCAGUGCACUCUUUCAUUCACAUAUUUCCAGGCUACUUUCAUUGGUCAUGAGUUUUAGCUACUCUUCUCUCUUCCAGCCUGCUCCCUCCAUCCACCACUCUGCUAUGUCUCUCACAACACCUUCUCUCUGGUGUUAGUGCUCUCCCAUACGUUUACAGGCCUGGGUUCCAUUCAUUUCAAUGACAGAGUGCAGUGGUGGACUGAUACAGAGCAACCUGGUGCUGACUGGCUCACACACCAAUAAGAGUCCCAAACAAACACAUGUAAUAAUUUAUAGUUAGGGGUGCUUCAGUGCCUUUGGGAAAGAAAUGAGGGAAAGACUAAUACAACCAACCAAAAUAACCAAGCUACUUACUAUGGUCAUGAAUUUCUGUACUAAUGGUUCUGUUCAUUUUCAGCCUUGGCACUUUGCUGUGUACAGACGUUUGUGCAUGUGUACACUUGCUUUUGUGACACACUACACUUUUUAAAAAGGGUUAUUUCUGUCUAAUCCGUUGGAGAACCGAAAUUAUCAUUUGAACUAAAAAAGAUAAUUCUGGCACUCAAUAGUAUUACUUUUUUACAUACCUUUACCUUUUUUUUUUUUUUUACAUUAAUCUUUGCAUGUAGGUCUAUCCAAUAACUUGUAAAUGUAUGUAUUUUAGUUUUCUUUUUACUUUUGGUAUGUCAUUUUAGUAUGGUAUGUCAAGUUUAACUGCAAUAUCUUGUCAUGUAUUAUAAAAAUAUUUGUACCUGCU